UAACAGAGUUUUUGUCCACGCGUUACUGUACUGAUAAGUGGAAUGUGGAUCUCGCAGCAAAAAAUGAUAAUGAUUUAGUGGUUUUUGGCGUAGAGAACUGGUUUAUAAUUUAUUUAUCCCGAUUCGGAGUUUAGUGUGUCAUCUUUCAGAGAAGUUCCUUUCCAUUUAAGAAACCGGAUACACCGAGAAAAUGGAGCUUGAAGUUAUUUCAACCAGUGGAAAGACAAUCGGCAAGGUCAAAGUACAAAAGUCAAAUACAGUAAAAGAUGUUAAAAAUGAAAUUUAUAAAAUCAAGAAGAAUCUGUAUCCUGAUCGACAGGCAAUCAAGUCUGAUCCCAAAGGAAGAACUUUGAAGGAUUCUGAUACUUUGCAAUCCUUGGAUCUGAAAAGUGGCUCAAAAAUUUAUCUGAAGGAUCUGGGACCGCAGAUUGGCUGGUCAACAGUUUUUCUGUGUGAAUAUGCAGGACCUCUUUUCACAUAUUUAAUCUUUUACCCAAGACCAAGUUUAAUUUAUGGAGCUGCUGCGGCUACUCAGAAAUAUGCGGAUGUUGUCCAUAUUGCUGCAGCCUGUUGGAGCAUCCACUAUGCAAAGAGAAUUCUGGAGACCUUGUUCGUUCACAGAUUUUCACAUGCCACCAUGCCAAUCAUGAAUUUAUUCAAGAACUGCACCUAUUACUGGGGAUUUGCUGCGUUUGUCUCUUACUUCAUCAACCACCCCUUGUACACAGCACCGUGCUGUGUGCAAGUAUAUGCUGGCUUGGCAGCUUUCACGUUCUGUGAGCUUGGAAAUCUGAGCAUUCAUCUGGCUUUGCGUAACCUCCGACCUCCUGGAACGACUGUGAGAAAAAUCCCGUAUCCAACAAAAAACCCCUUCACUCUUCUCUUCAACAGAGUUUCUUGUCCUAACUACACUUAUGAAGUUGGCAGCUGGCUUGCAUUCUCUAUCAUGGCUCAAAGUUUACCAGCUUUCAUCUUCACCGUAGCUGGUGGUGCUCAAAUGGCCAUCUGGGCUCUUGGUAAACAUCGCAACUACAAGAAAGAGUUCUCCAACUAUCCCAAGCAACGGAAGUCCAUCAUUCCGUUCGUGCUCUGAAAUCUUCAUUUAACUAUGUAAGAUGAUUAAGACUGCAGGGAUUAUGAUUAAAUCCUCCUCGUUGUAUGUUAUUUUUUGUAUCAAGGGAAACUACUGAUUUAAUGUCAGGUCACUACAACUUCUAGGCCUUGUCCACACGAGCGCAGUUUACGGACCUUUCGGGCGAAUCGGUUCAAUGAACUGGGGUUUCCAGGAAUAAGUAAGCUGAGUCAUAAUAAUUUCAGGGAACAAAUUUGCCUGAAGUUCUGCGAACCGUUCUUGUGUGGACAAGGCCCUAGAAUUUAAGAUGUUCAGAUUUCUUCAAGGUUUGAUGGAGCAUUUUUCCUUGUUCAUUCAUUCCCCUUGCCAGAAAAAACUUGUCGAAAAAGACAGUGAAAUGCUGAGUUUAAAAAACUCCUUAUUUCUCUCUUGCUGUAGAAAUCAUCUGCAGAAAUUUGACCCUCAAGAUCAAUAUUUCCUUCUUGACUGUAGAUUGUGUCUAAUUGAAGAUGAUUCAAGUCAUAAUUGAAUGUAAAAUACUCAUCUAUUUGUGGUAUACGAAUUUCAAAACGAGGAUUUUGUUUUCUUGUUCGAUUUUUCUUGCCUCUUGUAAAAAGCUCAAAAAAUUAUGAGAGGAUUUACUCCAUUUGACGAAGGUACGCAAAGAACACUCACAGAAUGUAAUAAACUUUUAUACCCUCUAUUUUCAUCCACAUUUUUAAAACUUGUUUAUCGUACAUGUAAGGAAAAACUUCUUUUCUUAUCAGAACUUGGAUGAUGAAAAAUUCAUCCAGCAUUAUUUUCUCUUUAGAAAUGACUCAGCACUUGGAAACAAUUGAAUCAGUGAGAAUGAAAGCACACCAACUUGGAAAAAUUAAAAUUUUCAGGAGAUGCAAAAAACUGCGCAGCAAAUGAAAAAGUUAGUGUAUGAAAACUUUUUAGCGCUAAAGGACAAAAACUUAAAGACUAAUAUAAGGAAAAGCUUUUUGGUGCUGCCGUUACAAUCACUUCUGAUUACAAUUUUAGAAUUUCCUGCUGUGUAUCAAUGCGUUUACCUGUAGGCUAUAAACCGUAAAAAAUUGAAAAUCGUAAAGAAAAAACCCAAUUUGGUGUCUUCAUUCUCACUGAUUCAAUUUUAUACGAGGUCAAAGCACAAUCAAGCUGAGAAUCACCUCCAGGCAAUUUCUUAAUCAAUUGAAUGGCAGUUAGAUAUUAAGAUCCAUUUACAAGAGAUGUUUUGAAAAUAAAAUAAAAACUUCAAGUGCAAUAUGUUUAAUGUAGACAUGAUAAAGUUUGGGUAACUGAAAAGAGCAACUGCUGAAUGGCGGACUUUUUUAAGCUUUCCUUGUAUUUUUGGAUUUGUUACUCAAUUUACCAAAUGUAAUUUUGACUGAAAGCGUUCUGAAAAAGUUCUCUAGAUAAUUCUCUCAGAUAUUUGUAGAAAUAUACUCGAUCAUCAAAAUUCAAAAAGUCUUUUGAAUCUCUUUUUUUCAAAGUGACAGAAUGAGUUCUGAGGUUGUGACCCCAGCAAAUCCUAUUUCAUGUGCCAUUCAAGUAAUCAGUUUAUCAUUAAAUGCUACUACACAUACUCUGAACGAUUUUUUAGAAGACUAUUGCAAUUUUUGUAAUCGUAAGAAGGAUUUCAAUGGUAAAAAUCCAAAACCAAGUAUUUUGGUUUGCGAUGUUGCAGACUUCCUUUCAUAGUUUAUUUUUUAAAUGGAAAAUUACUCAACAUCAACUUAUUGAAACUUCAAUAAUUUUUAUUCUCUGUGCAAAGAAAUCUCUAUAAAAAAUUGAUGGAAUGAUGCUGAUUUGUUCUCUUUCAAAGAAAUAAAAUGGGACCAGAAAUCUUAAAAUAUCGCAAACAAGGUGCGCAUGUUGAGGGUUUCACCGUUGAUUAAGUACUUUCUCAUUAAUUUAAGUUUUCUGUAGGUACACCAAGCUCUAGCAUUAUUAAGUUUUUUUUUAAGUAUCCAAUUUUUUUUAAAAUACAAGUAAGCCCGGUUGUGGAAAUUGGCAUACUCUUUGGUUUUUAAGUAUUGGAUCUUUUGAUUGGUCAAGGUUGAAUAGUUGGUAUUUUUCUUUUUAUACUUUAUAAUAAAUCAUCAGUAAAUCAGUUUA